AUGGAUUCGGGAAACGCAAUUAUGUAUCCACUAAUCACGGAGACCACUCUGAUGAGAGGAAUCGAGGCCUUCGAGAGAACGACUUUGGCUCCAGGAUGCCUGGACAGGCCGAUAGUCAGAGCCGCUGGGAUCCUCCGGAAAGAUUCUGCGACGGAGAUCGUCGACGUGAACAAACUGUCGCAGAAGAGCACGUCGGUCAUCCAAUAUGUGGAGGUUGCUGAUGCGAAUGGCCAUCUUUAUUGUGUGGACGGGGACGUAAACACCUCUUGCUGGCUAAAAAUCGUCUCAUUCGCGAAAGACUGUCAGAGCUGUAACGUUAUUUUAGCACUCAGCGACAAGGGAGUGAUAUUAAGAGCCACGAGAUGUAUAACACCGGGCGAACCAUUGUUGAUGUGGUUCACCGAAAGUAUUCUAGCUAUGCUGAAUAUACCGUUUUUGACGCCAGCUAAUAUUCAAGGACAGAACCGUUACAUCUGCCAUGUAUGCAACGAUCUCUUCGAAUACCCGAAUCCAUUAAAAAUUCACCUAGCCCUGAAAUGUAAUCGACUGGACAGUAAUCAUUUUUGGACCUCGCUAGCGACAGAGUUCGGCUCGCCACAUAGGUCGAGCUUGUCCUUCAGCCUGUUCCCGCAACCAACGUUCAGUUUCCAAUUGAGGAAAUCGCCAGAGCCGCCGAUUUUAAGAGACUCCAACGUUCCCGUUACAAACGGUAAUUCGUCCCAUUCGUCCGACCAAGUCUCGCCAUCAUCUUCGAAUCAGAUAUCUCCGAACUCCACGCCUAAGCUGAUCUCAUCAAACUCGUCAAAUCCUCCUAUAGUGAAAGAUUUAAAUUUAAUUCGACAAUCAGCGUUCAAGCCUUAUGCGAACCAAGAGCCCGUUUUAAGAACGUACACCAUUCCACCGACCGCUCCAGCACCCAUCGCCGACGUCCAUGCCGCUCAGGUGGAGACCAUAGUCAGCAACCUGGGUAAAACGAAACGGGGACAUCUCUGCAUCUACUGUGGGAAAGUCUACUCCAGGAAAUACGGAUUAAAAAUUCAUAUCAGGACUCAUACUGGAUACAAACCGCUUAAAUGUAAAUAUUGUUUGAGACCGUUCGGUGAUCCAAGCAAUUUGAAUAAGCACGUGCGAUUGCAUGCCGACGGCGAAACGCCUUACAGGUGCGACUUGUGCGGUAAAAUUAUGGUCAGAAGACGAGAUCUUGAAAGGCACAUCAGAUCGAGACAUCAAGAGAACGGGGACAACAUUACGGAUUCAUCAUCCGACGGCACCGAUACAUAA